AUGCAGUGCGUCUCGAAACUAGAAUACCCUAAUUGGCAGUUAAUAUUGAUUAUAAAUUGUAGGGCUUCAAUUAUGUCUACAAUACUUCAGAAUAAACGGUCCCAAUCACCGGGAUUGAAGCAAGUAAAAGUUGACAACUGGGGAUCAUUUUUUCUUCAAAGACUCCAACAACUUUAUCAUGAAGAAGAAUUACUUGAUCUUACGAUUAAAUUUCCCACAAGUGACAUCACAGUACAAGCACAUCGGCUUGUCAUCACGACGUGUACUGAUUAUUUUAUGCAGUUAGAGCGUAAGCAAAAAGAAAAAGAAGAUUACGAUGGCGUACUUGUUAUGCCACCUGACAUGCCUUAUGAGUGUGUUAAAUCUAUUAUAAGUUUUAUGUACACCGGGCAUUUAGAGUAUUGGACCUCUGAACAGAAUGCUCUGUAUAAAACUGCCCAAAAAAUGAACAUGGCAGUUUUAACAAAAUUGUUAGAUGCACAAUUUAAUACAAGUAAUCUUCAAACAAGCCCGGUUACUAAUGAAAAAACAUCUGUGUCAUUGCAAUCAAAAGUAGUGAGUCCGAAUAAAAAAACAUCAAUUCAUCAGACAAUGCCUACGACAACUUUACCCGGCAGAAAGCUGCCUAUCUGGAGGAGAAAAAUAGAUUCUCCGUCGAUGAAUGAUUCUGGAUCAUAUGGACACAGGCACAACGAAGCUAACUCCGGUCCGUCACGGUUUGAUCUACCGGAGGUGGAAGACAUUGCUCUGGGAGUAUUUUCUUCGUUUGAUGACAUAACAUACAACACAAAACCGAUUGUUAGAGCUACUAGUGACUCAAAUGAUAAAAAAAACGAGAAUCGUUCAAGCCGCAAUGACACUGACGAUGACGAUGAGGAGAAAAACUGGGACAAUAAUUCCGAUGAUGACUGGAUCAGUACUAAGUCUAAUUCCAGAUCACAAGACGGCGCUUCUGCAUCUAAACGCGUUCGGUUUGAGCUAGAGGAAAAAGAAAACCUAGAGAAGAGCAAGAAUUCUUCUCAGAGUUCGCCUGAGUCAAUUAACAAUCACGCUAAGAUAAUUCGAGAAGUACUGAAAAAGUAUCCGCAUCUAGUUAAAAAUAACAAGAAUAUUCGCUUGAAAAUAAUGCAAAAAGAACCCAAGUCCUCAGAAAGUUCUUCGAGCAAGACAAAAGUAUCUUACGUGGUGUUAAAAUCAGAUCACUUGAUACCCGACGCCACUGAGAGCGAAGAGAAGAAUGACGGUAAUGAUUCAGGUCCUUGGAAAUGUCACAAAUGUGAUUUAGAUGAAGAAUAUCAUAAUUAUUAUAUGUACCGUAGACACAUGCAGGAUGUGCAUGAUGAAAAAUUCGACCCGCGCGUUUGCGAGCAUUGUGGUUACAAGGCAGCUAAACGCAACAUUUUGAUGUACCAUUUGUACACAAAACACAACGUACCACCCCCAAUGAGUAUGUCUUUCCCCAAAUGCCAUGCCUGUAAUUACGUAGCUCUGUCCGAAACACUGCUCGUAAGACAUCAAAUCAAUCAUAAACAUCGCCCGUUGUCACUGUCACGCUCAAGUGUCUCUGACGAGAUCCAAUGCGUCCAGUGUGGCGAAGCAUUCAAAGAUGUUAGCGAAUUAGCUAAUCAUGAGAUCAACACAGGUCACGGAACAACUAUGAACGGAAAAGACAAAGGUUUCCGUUGUCCUUAUUGUCACAAGGUAUUUGUCAGAUCAACAAAUUUGCGUGUACAUAUUGAUUGUCAGCAUAAAAAACAGGAAGCUAUGCCAGCUGAAUCAGAAAUGUUACCUUCGAUACCGUUAGAGCCUUCUUCUGAAGCCGAAGCGCUCAGCAAUGUCGCUAGCGGAAUAGCCGCUUCUUUAGGUGUUGGAGAUACUAUCACUACAGAAACCAUCACUUCAGAUCAUCAAGAAAUUCAUACCACGGAAACAAGUUAUGUAGUUAAUGAAAUGGAUUUAAACAACAUCACUCACGAGGAAGCUUUCAACGGUCAUGGCCAGCAAAUGAUUAUGCUGAUUGAUAAUGACACUUAUCAGCAAGGUGAACUUUCACAGGAGGUACACAGCCAACAACCACAACAGAUACAUAUUUCGAGCAAUGAACAAGUAGUUAUGCAAAAUACUGAAGAAGGAGGAAUGAUUGUUUACAUUCAUGGUACUGACGACUCGUCAAGCCAGGCUUACGCGACUUACCAGACCGUCGCUAGUCAUGAUACUGAAGAAAUAGUUGAGGAAGUUGUUGAAGAAGUUCUCGAGGAAGGUGAUACUGAUCAUAGUGAUCAAAAUGUAGUGGAAGGUGAGGAUGGAAAUCAGGAGCAGGUAGAAGAAGUUAUUCAGUAUGUUGAGGAAGAAACGGAAAUCGUCGAGUAUGAUGAAGAGCAAUCACAGAGUAACGAUGGAAAUCAACAAGCUCAAGAGCCCAUGAUGAUCAUUGAAGAGGAACAUCUUGAACGCGUUGAAAGCGCCAAUGAGGAGGAGACUAAACCUAAAAUGUCUUCUGAUCUGGCUGAAGAGUGGGAUGAAGAUAGCAUGGAGAUGGCUGAGUCGUGA